AUGCCUGCAGCGGAAGGCACGGUGGACAUUUGGCAUGCGUGGCCGCUGACAGGCAGCGCAGCAGCCAAAGCCAGAUCACACAGGUACCUUGGACGUGCUUCCUGGGUCACCCUGUCGCUGAUGGCUUUGCUGAUCAGCAUAACGUCUGAGCUCAUGAGGCCAGGCACCUCGAGGGCAGCGAGCCCAGCGCCGUCCAUGCCCAGGAGCCAGCGUGCUGUUCGCAGAGGUGGGAGGAGAGGCGCAAGGCCAAGGCAGAGAAGGGGUAGGCCGUCAAACCCUCCACAAAGAGAACGUCUUGGACCCGAUGAGGUGCCCAUGUUUGCAAUCGACCCUGAGGCCCGCGCCCGGCGGCGAGAUCUCCUGGCCAACAGCGGCCCAGCAACGCGUUUAUUGAUUGGAGAUGCCAUCGGUGACGCCUUCGGGGCAAUCAUCGAGAUGCAAGAUGCGUACUGGAUCCGGGAGUCCGUGAUGUUUGACAGCUGGCCAAAAAAUCCAAUGAGAAGGUCUGAGUGGAACACAAACACAGCAUGCGGUAUGUACACCGAUGACUGCGAAAUGACAGUUGGUCUGGUGAAUGGACUUCUGGCCCAUGGGCUGGAGAUCAGUGCUGACAACAUGCUCCAGUCCUGGCAGGCCGAGUGGGACUUGGCCAAAAGGCGCCCGCGCCCCGCGCCUCCAGGAGCAGAGAGGCACGGCCAUGGCAGCAUCAAGGGGUACUUUCGGGGAUUCCGUGACAUCGACGAGGUCCGCAGGCUCCAGUCCAGCAAAGAAGACCCAGGCAACGCUCCACCCAUGCGCGCUCUGCCACUGUCUUUCAUUCACAACAAUUCCUUGAGAGAGCAAUUGUCCGUGCUAAAUGCAAACUGUACGCACCCGCAUGCCCGAGCCCGGGCAGCUAGCUAUCUCAUUGUGGAGGGUGCACGGUGGUUGAUCGUGGAAAACGGCGACCGCAAUAAGGUCAUCCAUGAGGCCUUGUCGAGGCUGCGAAACAGCAGUGUGAGCGACGAUGCCACAGAGGCACACCUGCAGAAGGUCGACGAGCUGGAGGACUAUCACGAGUGGGGCGAACGCUUCCGGAAGAUGCCGCCCCAUAGGCUCGAGCUCCUUUGUGGCCCGCAGCCAUGCCCCCCAGCUGAUGGCAUUGGAGCUGGGGAUGAUGGAUCCAGCAAAAUGCAUGGGCUCUGGUCUGAUGCUAUGCGAACCGCAGCUGUGGUGCUCUUCCUGUUGAAGCACCACCGUGGCCCUCUUGACAUCCUCAGGGCCUCGGUGGACAUUGGAGGAGAUGUGGACUCCAUAGCGGCCUUAUGCCUGGGGGUUGUCGGUGGCUCUGCGGGCCUUGACUUUGGCGAGCCUCAUGGUCUGCCAUGGUUCCUCCUUGAAGAAGUGGAGGGCGUGGAGUAUCUCCACGCCAGAGGGAAGAAGUUCGAGGAAUGGAUACUGGAACAGUGA